GGCCUGGCCGUGGGGGCUGGGCUGGGCGGGGCUCUGCGUCGUGUACGGCGACUUCGCCGAGGCCCCGCCCCCUCCCACGCCACAAAAGCUCGAGGGCGGGCUCAUCGGCGCUCCAACCAAUCCUCGGUGGAGCCAGUGCCGUCCAUUUUUGUACAUUGACCAGUCAGAGUCUCGUAGGGGCGGGACGCGUCCGCUUCUUCCUGUCUUGCCUCCCGCAGAGUGACGCCAACACGCGAGGGCGGGAUUCUCCGAGCGCCAACCAACCACCAACGGGAGCCUUCCGUCUGUUUUUCCAUUCCCGCCAAUCAGAGGCCGGAGGGGGCGGGACGCGGUUGGUUUUUUCCGGGCGUCCGCCGCGGCCCCACCCCGUUUCUCCACCGCCGCACGCGGUCGCGCUCACGCCUGCGUGUAGGGGCGUGGCCUGCGGGGACGACGCGUAUAAAUGCGGGCGUCGGCGCCGGCGCCAUUUUGCGAACGGCGAGCAGCGGCGGCGGCGCGGGGAGUGCAGCGGAGGUUUUGCUGGUUUCGGACCCCAGCGGCCGGAUGGUGAAAUCCUCCCUGCAGCGGAUCCUCAACAGCCACUGCUUCGCCAGAGAGAAGGAAGGGGACAAACGCAGCGCCACGCUCCACGCCAGCCGCACCAUGCCGCUUCUCAGUCAGCACAGCCGCGGCGGCUGCAGCAGCGAGAGUUCUAGGGUCGCCCUCCAUUGCUGUAGUAACCUGGGUCCGGGGCCUCGGUGGUGCUCCGAUGUCCCUCACCCACCCCUGAAGAUCCCAGGUGGGCGAGGGAACGGUCAGCGGGAUCACAGUCUUUCAGCUAGCGUCCUCUACUCCGACGAGCGGCUGAAUGUGACAGAGGAGCCAACGUCUAACGACAAGACCAGGGUCCUGAGCAUCCAGUCCACGCUCACGGAGGCCAAGCAGGUCACCUGGAGGGCAGUGUGGAACGGUGGUGGCCUCUACAUCGAGCUCCCGGCUGGGCCUCUGCCUGAGGGCAGCAAGGACAGUUUCGCAGCUCUCCUGGAGUUCGCGGAGGAGCAGCUCCGGGCCGACCAUGUUUUCAUCUGCUUCCCCAAGAACCGUGAGGACAGAGCCGCCCUACUCCGAACCUUCAGCUUUCUUGGCUUUGAGAUUGUGAGACCCGGGCAUCCCCUCGUCCCCAAGAGACCCGAUGCUUGCUUCAUGGUCUACACGCUGGAGAGAGAGGACCCGGGCGAGGAGGACUAGGUGCCAGCCCUGCCCAGUGUCCCUGUGCCCUCUCCUGGGUUUGUCCACAUGUCGUGAUUGUGCAGAAUAAACGCUCACUCCAUUAGCGGGGUGCUUCUUUGAGCUGAAUGCUGUGUUUGUCAUACUCAAGUGUUGGCUUUAAUUCUAAAUAAAGGUUUCUAUUUUACUUUUUUUAUUGCUGUUUAAGGUGGUCAGGUGACCUGUGCUAGAGCAGCCUCCUUUGAAGCCUGGCAGAGAUAGAUAGUGUCACCUCCCUGGCUCAAACCCAAUAAAGUGAUCUUGCUCACC